AUGGAGGGGCCCGUCGAGGACGUCCACGCGACACAAGGCGGCUCCUUCGAGGAGUUCCUCGACGCUCAGCUCCACGACCUCCGCGCGCGCCUCGUGCUCGAGCACCACCGGCGCUCGACGCAGCCAACCGCUGCCGGCGCCGGCCCGGAGGACGCGCUGCGCGCCUGCGCCCAGCAGGCGCAGCAGGCUUGGCCUCCAGAGGCCGCAGACCUGCCCUUGCUGCCGAACCAGCCGGAGGAGCGCGCCCCACGCGCGAGCGUCGGCGAGGCCCCCGCGGCGCAGGAGGCGGGCUGCGGCGACCCCAAGGCCGGCGCGAAGGCCGCGGGCCGGCGGGAGGGCCUGCUGGCCCACGCCUCGUGGCAGAUCGAGGACGACGAGGUCAGGGGCAGGAUCAAGCAGUUCCAGGUUCUAUCACGCAUUCGGCCCGUUGGGCUGGCGAAUUGGUCGUUGACGCAGUUCACGCCUGCUUCCAUGGAGAUCACGCCUAAGAACGUGUCGGAGCGAGUCUUCAACAUCAUUGCGAUCAUCAUGGGCAUGGUACUGUUCUCUUCGUUCGUGAGCCGGAUUACGAACACCAUGAAUUAUCUUAGGGCCCUCGAUUUCGAGAACACCAAGCAGUUCGUCUUGCUCCAGUCUUAUUUUCGGAAGCAUGGGUUAUCAACCAGCCUCUGCGUCCGAAUCCGCGGGCACCUAGACGCGUACCUCGCGGAAAAAAGGAAGGAUAUCAAAGAGACAGACAUCAAGUUGCUGUCGCAUAUGUCGGCAUCUCUCCGCAUCGAGCUACACUACGAGACAUUUAUGCCAAAGGUGCGCCACCACCCGUUCCUGAGGGAAUACGACACUAACUUCGCCCACUCCAUGCAGCGGAUCUGUCACCUGGCUGCUGGGCAAUCGUCGUUGUAUGGCGGCGACGUGCUAUUCAAUCGUGACGAUGUGUGCUCGAAGAUGUACUUCCUGCAUGGCGGCUUGUUGAUGUACGACCUGACAAACCGUCGUGCAGGUGGCUUUUCCAAGUCGAGGUCGCAGAUCGAAGUAAAACCGACAGAGGUGACAGAAGGUGAAUGGCUAGCCGAAGCCGCCCUUUGGGCGCAAACUUGGGCCCAUCCUGGUCAGGCCACGGCGCACGGUUUGUGCACUUGUGUUACGAUCAGCGUGGGGCAAUUCCACGCCGCUGUCCGGGAGAACAGGGUCGCGACCGUGGCGUCCGCGAUAUACGCAGGCAUAUUCGUCGGUUGGUUGAACACGGUCAGCAUCAGCCAGCUCACCGACCGGCAGAUGCUCUCCUUCGACGUGGCGCGUGCUGUGCACGUCGCGUUCGAGGAGCCCGAGGAGGGCGAAACGAUG